UUUUUAAAUAAUUAAAGGAAAAUUAGGAAGCAUUUAAUAUUUCAUUCCAGGUAUACUCAGCGAAUCUUUAGUGUAGUUCAUUCUUAUUUGUAAAUUACUGUAAACAUUACCAAUGACGCAUAAAACUUUAUUUUCUUUUUAGUAAGGGAACUUGAUAAUAGAAGACAAUAUUAGGAAUUUUCAAACUUUGUGAAUUUCUAAACCCUUUUAUCAAACUCAUCUUCAGAUUUACCCAUCCAUUUGCCCUUUCUUUUAGGGUUUCCUGUGCUCUUUAGAAACACUUGUUACUAUGAAAUAAGAAAUCUGAUCUUCCUGUUUUACAUGUACUAUUCUUAAAUAAAUAUAAUAAAGCACUCUAUUAUGUCCCUUAGUUCCUUGAAUAACUUGUGAUAUUUGAUCUCAAAAUACUUGUUCCUACUACAACUGAAUUGUUUAGACUUCCAAAAAACACUUGGAGAGUUACUUAAAUAGAACAGGAAACAAAUACUUUUUCUAGUAAUACUUGAUUGCUGACAUAGCAAACAUAAAGGAUAUUUGGUAUUAACUUUAUGACAAAAUUAAUAUUAAAAAUUAAAAUCUCUUUAACAAAUUGAGUAUUGUAGUGGGCAGAUUUAAGAAUGGGUUGAAGGUGGUUUUGUGUGCCAGUUCCAUCUCGUUUUUCUUUGUUUACUGCCUCACUCUCAUUUUCUUCCAGCACUCAUCAUGUUUUGUGAUGUGGUACAUUUUUGAUUUGGGGCAAUUAAAUUGGUAAUCAACAAGUUGAAUCUCUUGGUUUCAUAUUUAGUGUAAGACUUAGGCCACAAACAUCUAAUGGAGUCAUGGGUAGAAAAUAAGAUACAAGAAAUUAUUGCAGACAUUUAACUUUUAAAUUGCAGACUAUCGGUGGUCCAUGUCAAGUGAUAGUUCACAAGUGGGAGACUCAUCUACAACCACGAUCAAUAACCCCUUUAGAAAGUAAAAUUAUUAUUGACGAUGGACCAUUUGGAAUCCACAUAGAUACUUUAUCCUGAAAAUUCAAGUUUUCUUCAGUGACCGGAAUUCUCACAGUGUAUCAUGGUUAUCGUGCUAAACAGCAUUCUUAUUUUAGAUGGUGUUGAAACUCUGGAUACUGGAUGGCUGACUUGUCAGACUGAAAUAAGAUUACGUUUGCAUUAUUCUGAAAAACCUCCUGUCUCAAUAACCAAGAAAAAAUUUAAAAAAUCUAGAUUUAGGGUAAAGCUGACACUAGAGGGUCUGGAGGAAGAUGAUGAUGAUAGUGUAUCUCCCACUGUUCUUCACAAAAUGUCUAAUAGCCUGGAGAUAGCCUUAAUAAGCGACAAUGAGUUCAAGUGCCGGCAUUCCCAGCCUGACUGUGGGUAUGGCUUACAGCCUGAUCGUUGGACAGAGUACAGCAUUCAGACAAUGGAGCCAGAUAACCUGGAACUAAUCUUUGAUUUUUUUGAGGAAGACCUCAGUGAACCUGUGGUUCAGGGCGAUGCUUUUCCUGGACAUGUGGGAACAGCAUGUCUCUUAUCAUCUACCAUUGCCGAGAGUGGGAAGAGUGCUGGAAUUCUUACUCUUCCCAUCAUGAGCAGAAAUUCCAGGAAAACAAUAGGCAAAGUGAGAGUUGACUAUAUAAUUAUUAAGCCAUUGCCAGGAUACAAUUGUGACAUGAAAUCUUCAUUUUCCAAGUAUUGGAAACCAAGAAUACCAUUGGAUGUUGGACAUCGAGGUGCAGGGAACUCUACAACAACUGCCCAGCUUGCUAAAGUUCAAGAAAAUACUAUUGCUUCUUUAAGAAAUGCUGCUAGUCAUGGUGCAGCAUUUGUUGAAUUUGAUGUACAUCUUUCAAAAGAUUUUGUGCCUGUAGUAUAUCAUGAUCUUACCUGUUGUUUGACUAUGAAAAAGAAAUUUGAUGCUGAUCCAGUCGAAUUAUUUGAAAUUCCAGUAAAAGAAUUGACAUUUGACCAACUCCAGUUAUUAAAGCUUGCUCACGUGACUGCAUUAAAAUCUAAAGAUCGGAAAGAAUCUGUGAUUGAGGAAGAAAAUACCUUCUCUGAAAAUCAGCCAUUUCCUUCUCUUAAAAUGGUUUUAGAAUCUUUGCCAGAAGACGUAGGGUUUAACAUAGAAAUAAAGUGGAUUUGCCAACAAAGGGAUGGCAUGUGGGAUGGUAACUUGUCAACAUAUUUUGACAUGAACCUGUUUUUGGAUAUAAUUUUAAAAACUGUUUUAGAAAAUUCUGGAAAAAGGAGAAUAGUUUUUUCUUCAUUUGAUGCAGAUAUUUGCACAAUGGUUCGACAAAAGCAGAACAAGUAUCCUAUAUUAUUUUUGACUCAAGGAAAAUCUGAUAUUUACCCUGAACUUAUGGACCUCAGAUCUCGGACAACCCCCAUUGCAAUGAGCUUUGCACAGUUUGAAAAUCUACUGGGAAUAAAUGCACAUACUGAAGACCUGCUCAGAAACCCAGCCUAUAUUCAAGAGGCAAAAGCUAAGGGACUAGUCAUAUUCUGCUGGGGUGAUGACACCAAUGAUCCUGAAAACAGAAGGAAACUGAAGGAAUUUGGAGUUAAUGGUCUAAUUUAUGAUAGGAUAUAUGAUUGGAUGCCAGAACAGCCAAAUAUAUUCCAAGUGGAGCAGUUGGAACGCCUGAAGAAAGAAUUGCCAGAGCUUAAGAGCUGUUUGUGUCCCACUGUUAACCGAUUUGGUCCCUCAUCUUUGUGUGGGGAGCCCAAUAUCCACGUGGAUGCCAACGGCAUCAAUAACGUGGAGAAUGCUUAGUUUUUAUUGUGUGAGGCCAUUUCAGGGCAUGCACCACUGUUUUGGGUGUUCACUUUUCAUUCCCGAGCAUUGUUUAUCUAUGCCUUUUGUGUUUCUCAGUCCACUGAAGCAAUAAUGAAGUAUUUUACUACAUCUUGCUAGAAUUUCAAGUAUACUAUUUAAAUCACUUGGCCAGGUAUAAUUACCAGUUAGUCUCUUUACAAUAAAAAGAUUUAUUGCUUGGUAAAUAUUUUAAACUAAAUAUGUAAACCUAUAAUGUUAAACAGAUGUACAUUAAAAGCAUAGCAUGUUGAAAUUAAAAUAUAUUAUAUAAAUUUCUCAUAUUUAUACUUGUUGCGGCUUUUCAUUUGAUCAGGUCUGAAAUCUUUAGCACUUGAGGAAAAUGACUAUGCAUAAUUAUACCUGACCAUGGGAAAAAUAAGUACCUCAAAUGCAUGCAUUUGCACUGGUGAUUCCAACUGCACAAAUCUUCGUGCCAUCUGUGUAUAUAUGUAUUUUUACACAGAUUGACAUGCACAUGUACCAUUUUCAUUCAGUAUGAAUCUUGAGGCUGCUGCCAUUUUACCACUUAACCAAACCAAUGCCUGUGUAAACAGUCUGGAGGUAAACCUUGACAACAUGAUUCAUAAGUCUUUCAAAAGUUGUUUUGCAUAAACGUUAAAAUUUCAAAAUGCUGCAGGGUGUUUAAUGUAUAAAAUAUCAGUAAGAGGAUGUAUGUAUUGCAUAUUUAAGUAGAAUAGAUCACAACAUAUAAUUUCUACUCAGUGCAUGCUUUAGGUUUUAAGCAUGAGGUUGUACAUGUUUACUGUUAAAGUUCUUGCAUCUGUGGUGCUAGGUGAGUGUGAGAAGGUGUCAAGGACUGAAAAUAUUUUGUUGCCUAAAAAAAAAGCCUGUUUGUAGGCAUUUUUAAUUUGCUUAUUGUAAGUGUCUCUCACUACCUAUUACACAUCGUUGCUUUGAGGGUUUGUAUUGUGUAUGUGUUGUAUAGUAGUUAAUCUCCACGCAGAAAAAUAAAUGUCCUGAAUGCUCAUAGUGGUAUUCUUUAUUGGUUAAUGUAUAUCAUGCAUGUAAUUUAUUCAGAAAUGUAGAAGCUCCUACUAAAUGUAUGUUCAUGUUUUUAGAAUUAUAUUGCUAAGGUUUCUUUCAUUAGAAGCAGAUUGUUUUGACAUAAUUGUAAUUUAAGAAUUAAUGUUAAAUAAAAUGACACAUUUAUUUUCUUCAUUAUAAAGUGAAAUUCCAAGAAGUUGUUAAUUUUAUAGUCAGUUUUACAAUCUUAUUAUGAAAAAUUGAAAUUGAGUUUCUACCCUAAAGGAAUAGCUUGUUUGCAUCUACCUUUUACUGCAUUAUUUUCACUAGCCAAUGUCUAAAUGUAUCAACAUAUUUUGGUAGUAACUGAAAACCUAAGACUUGAAAUUACAGGUUAUAUCUUUUUGUUUUUUUAAGCUAAGUAGUGCAAUUUUGGUUAGAUCUUACUUGUGUGAAGACAGACUUUGAAAUCCAAUGGUAUUUGUAACAUUGAUAUUUAAUGGAAAAUAGUGUAGGAAAUAGUAUUUUGCAAGGGUUCUAUUUGCUUUUCUCCACAUUUUCCAACAUUGUGCUGUAAGUUAGGUACUUCUAGAAAACUCUUGAAAGAGAAUAGUUUUUCCUCAUCCGCAGAACUUUGUUCAAUUCAAUUACCAUUACCUCAUGGUAAUCUCAUUAGCCAUAUGUGUAUGUGUCUAGUCCUGUUCUUUCAUCCUCAUUCUGCCUUUCCAGUUCCAGCUCCAUUGUAAAGAAUUGAGGACAGAGGGAAGGCAGAUCAUAAAGGAAAAAAAGAGAAGAGAGAGGAUGAGGAAAGGAUGUUGGUAGGGCUGUGGCUUCUCCUAGACAGCUUACAUUUUCUGAGAAGUACUUACAAUAACUGCUGACAAUUCACAGAACCUCAAUCUUCCUGACCUUAAAAGCCAGUGUUAUUAGAUGAUUAAAACACAACAAGCAGUGGCUCGCCAUUUUUAUAGGACAAGUCCAGGCUCCGUAUCACUAGCCAUUGCACUAAACACUCUGCUGCAGCCUCACCGCACCUGCUGAUAGACCCUGGACACGCCAUACUCCUGCACUACUCUCUGCCGGUAUCCAUGCCACCCUCUGGCCAGAAGUCCUCUCCUCCCCACAGACACUUUCUACCUGCCAAAUUCAUUUUCCUUCAGCUAGCAAUCUCUCUGAGCGCUUGCCGAGUCUCUUUCAGAAGGGAUAAAUCAGUCCUUUUUACUUCAUAGCAUUAUGUUCACACCUUGCAGCAUAGUACUCUGGAAAGAUGUUGAUAUUUGUCUUGCCUACCAGGCUGUGGGCUCUGCAAGGGCAGGGACCUUGUCUUACUCAUUUUUAUUUCUACAGUACCUGUGACAUAGUAGAAAAUAAAUGUUGGAAUGAUUGGGAUAAUGUAACUUGUAUCAAAUGUCCUUUUGAAUUAAAAGAUUUAGUUAUGUUUACUAAGAAUGUAAACUUUGAAUCAGUUUACAUUUUGACAGGGCAGCUUAUUGAUGUCAAUUUUGAAAUGCAGAGGUAUAGUGUUAAAUUAUGUUUUCUGGAAAUUGAGUGAAUUGUUUGAUAAAAUGCCACCAUUGUUCUCUGACAUUUUCUAUUUCUGGAAUUGUGUACUGUAACUGACUGGAUGUAAAUGUGAGGACCACAGCCCACUCCUGUGUCAUUAGUGCCUGAGAGCUACCACAGCUGGCUUUCUGCCACCCUGUUUACCUCACUCACAUUGUUUCACGUGACACUUGUCUUUCUCCCCUCCAAAUUCCGUGCUUAUGCCUACCUCAGUACUGCCUUGCUCUGCUGAAACACCUUCCUCUGCCUUCCUUCAGUGUCCAGCUCAGGUACUAUCUCCUUCAUAAAACUUUCCUCAGCUUUUGAUUAGAAUCAUGACAUUUUAAGCUGGAAACAAAUGCAGAAAACUCUGCGUUUUGCAUCUGGGCUAAUAAAUCCACCCAGAGAGGUUAAAUGACUUACCAAGUUGGGUCUAGAGUCUGGGUUUUGUGACUCCUAAUCCAAUGUGCUUAAACUAUGCUGCCUUCUAAAUUCUUGUGGCAUUUGUUAGCAUAUGCUUUCUUAUAGUCCAACUUUUUAUGUGCCUGUUAAAUUUCCCUAACAAGAUUGUAAGCCCCUUAGGGGCAGGGAGUUCUUUGCAUUUCUAGCACUACUAUAGUGUUCUAUACUUAGUUAUGAAUUAGAUGAAUAAAUGGUGGUGGCAACAAUCCUAGUUUCCUAACUCA